AUGGCGCCCCCAAAAUCCAAGCCCCCUCCGGAUGACUCGAGGUCAGAAGCGUCGAGCACGAAAGAGAAAGUGGGAGCCAUCAAUUCGACCACUCUCAAUGGCAAAAAUCGGCGCGUUCCGGGCAGUACGACUGGUGGCAGCUCACUACGCGACGUAGUCACCGCGGGACCGAGCAGUGCUGUUGUAGGAAAUCCAAAUACUGUCGUGACCGAAGCAAAUCCAGGCCUCCAAUGGUCCAGCUUUGAUCCAUCGAUUCUGCACGGCUAUCGAUACGACUAUCGAUUGAAUACACCUGCAGCUUUCAGUAAACCGUACAAUCAGCUUGUGCUUUCUCGUUCACCGAUUGGGAAAAUGUCUCCAACGAUGGCUAGGCGGAAGGAAGAACGACGGCAGAGCAAGGAACAACUUGCGAACUCUGUGCGGAAACACUUCAACAGUAUGGGGAUAAUUGAGAGCGAGGUCGUGGUUGACUUUCUGUACAAGGUACGGUGGCAAGGUUAG